GCAGCACCUGAAAGGGUAAACAUGCUCAAAGUUGGUGAUGAAAGACCCUUAAGCAACAGUAGUAUGGUAGCACUUUCCAGGAAUGUUUCAGAGCACAUCUUCACUUGUGAAGUACAGGACAUCAAUCCUGCUGCAAAUUUCUCCUGGACUCUUGAUGGGGGACAGUUGCCAACAGAACUGGUUUCAGACCCCAUCACAGGACCAGGUACAGGGGGACUUACAACCAGCAUGAGUAAUGCAACUUUGGUAGCUGAUCCAAAAUAUAAUGGAAAGGAACUGAAGUGUGCAGUUGUUAACUAUGAUGGCGAUCCAGGAAUCAUGAUAAGAGUGAUGCUCACAGUGGACGAUCCAUGCAAAUCUAAUCCCUGUAAAAAUGGUCGCAACUGCACUCUCACACCAGAUGGAUUCAAGUGUGUCUGCCCUCUAGGAACUCAGGAACCUGAUUGUGAUUCACAAGCUCCCACAACACCAGAGUCAACCACUGAAUCCAGUACCAUUGGUAGCCCAGGCCCUAGCGCAACAACAGAACCUACCUCUUCCCCUGAUACACACAACGGAUUAUCAAUCGGAGCGAUAGUAGGCAUUGCUAUUGGCUGUGUGGUCCCUGUUGUCGUCAUGAUCGGCAUUCUCACCUACUGCUGCUGCAAGAAACAAGAGAAACAGAAACGCAAAGACGACAUGACCAUGAGAAAGCCAGAAAACCUUUGAAGAGCGUAAUUGAGUUGAAACGUGGAAGGCGAGGAGAAAAGCCACCUGGAGAAAGAUGAUCGGGACGCAUCUUAGACGAUAUUGGUUGCAGUGUUAAACCAUCCAUUCAAGUUGUUCAGUGUUCCAGCCAGGUCCAUUACAGGUCCUUAACAAGCCAACUCACAAAACCUUUGUCAAACCUGUCAUAGUCCCAGGGUGAACAAGGAAGUGUUAUCUUCCAGUUCAUUCGAAUACUUCUUUGCUGAAUGACAAUGCUUUAGACUUGAAGGCACUUGCAUAAAUUUGUUCUUUAGCAAGAAUCAAAUGCCUAAUUCAAUUAGUCUACUUUUUCAAACUUUUUAAGCAACAAUCAAUCGGGACAUACAAAGAAAAGCUUCAAGGUCAUUUGUCUUUAUGCAUACUCGACUUUUUAAAUUUUUUGUUGCAAAUUUUACCAGAAACGCUAAUGCAAUGGUAGUAGAAUAGUGAUUCUUUUCCCCAGAUUGCUGUACACAACCUGCUCUUGUGCAAAUUAGAGACCACAGUUGUACAACAUGGAUAGUAAAUUGCUUAUUCAUAGUAAUACUCAGUAGAGAGCAUAGAAUUUUCGUGUGUUUGUUUCAGCAUUUUGUGAAACGAUAAAAGAUGUAUACAGAAAUGUUGUAAAAGUUGGAUCAGUAAUUAUGCAGUUACAUUUAGACAAAACUAUAAGUGUAUUAAGCAGAGAUUUUGGCGUUCACAUUGUUUGGCGUGUACACUUAAUUAGUUGUCUUCGCUUUUUCUAUCUACCACCUGUUUCUCUUGUCGGUGAAGUUCAUAAAUUUGGCACACUUGUAUAUAUUUUGGAUUUUUAAAAUUGUAAUUGUCAUUGUAUUGAUUUAUUGGGUAUAUUUGUCUAAAAUUGGCUUUUAUAAACAUUACAACUCAACAACGACCUUGAAAACAUGCAUGCAGUACAAUGUUGACUAUCAGCAACAAUUAAAUAUUACUGGAGAGUGAUAAUGACUGAAUAGUAAAAGCUAAACAUUUCAAUAUCCUUUGUUUUGAAGGGACUACUUCAGUUUAAGGAAUAGAAUUAGGGAAAAUAAAAGUUCAUUGUUAAUGGGGGCACGAGUACUAACAUUCUACAACUCGUAUCGUACCUUUUAUCAGAAACUGUAGAUACUAUAAUGAUCAACUGAGAAUUUUUUAGUGUUGUAGUAGAAUAAUUUUUGUAUAAUGUGGUUCUUUGCCAACUAUAUUGAACCGGUCAAGACAGAAGAGAGCUGGAGUAGACACUUGAUGGUUGGAACGGCAAUAUGACAAGAUUUAUUCAAGAUUUCAAUCACUCCGACUUAUGAAAAUGUAAGCUUUCAAGUGUAGCUGCAAUGAAUUAUUAUUAUUUUACUAUAUUUCUGCAUCUUUGUACUCUUCAAUGUAUGAAGACUGUCUUGUAGACUCCUACAUGGUUAAAUACACUGAAAAGAGUAUGCGUUUAAAAAAUUAAAAAUACCCCUGCUUUUCAGGACAACUGCAGGCUGUGUUGCUAGCCACAUAAACAACAAUAAAGCAGCAAAUCAGAGAAAGCGGAGUUCAGGAAAAUCUACAAUCUACUUCUUUGUGUACAAAUCAGUGUAACAUUGAAGCUUCUUUUUGAGAUGACAUCACAGUCUUGCUCAUGAAUGUAGAAAAAAAUCAAAAAAUUUCUUUUUAAAUAAUAAAGCAAUAGGCCUAAGCCUAGUUGAAAAUAAGGUUAACUGAGACAAGAAGGUGCAAUGUAUAGGUUUGCAAUCUCAAAAAUUGAUUGCAGCUACCCUUUAAAGAGAUUGGAACCUAAACGAGUACUUUUCGAGGACAUAGGUUAUAAAAACUUGGCCUUUAUUGAACUGUUGUUUUAAAGCCAUCGUGUUACUUGAUGUAUGUACCGUCAAAGGUUCGUGUUCGUCAGCUCCCCCCCCCCGACAAGCAAAAUGUUUGCCCCAAAACCUUGGUACUCGAAGAGAACUGGACUACAACACCGGUUUAUGAUUGAAAAUAGAAUGUUGUUUAACCAGCAAAGGUGUUUGAACUGUUGUAAAAUUGUAACUGAAAAUAAAGAAUGAUAUGGAGUUGUGCGUAACACCGAACCUGUGUAAUACCCGGAACAUUAAAAAUACUGCAAUCAACUCUGUAUUUUACUAUCGAUAUGGUAAACAGACGGUUUGGUUAUAACAACCACCGCUUUUAAUAUUGUGGUCUAAAUUUACUAUAUCGUAUAAGACAGGUGAUGUGAUUUAUUCACGAUUUAACUGCAUGCAAACCAAUUACUCGAUAUCACCAAAGAAGAUUUCUGACGACGCACAUAGAAUCUACAUAAAGACUUAUUCUUUUAAGAAACUGAGCCACCACUCUUUGGAUAAUUAUUUUUGCCUUCAGUUUGUUCGCGUUAUUGCAAAAAACGCACGAAUAACUGUGGCUACAAGUAUUGAAUGACUUAUCCACCAUUAUUUAGCACAGUUUUGCAAUGUACGUUGUAUCUAUGCUCUCUUUAAAACUGCUCGUCGACCGUUUACAAGAUAACGUGUCAAUUUGAGCGUAGGGGAUACAUAGUGUUGUGUGGAGUUAUAAAAGUGUAGCAUUGUA